CAACAACACUGUACUGAUAACAGAUAAUAUCCAGCUGUUUCCAGACCGUCUAAUUUCAAACAAUUUACUAUAUAUUAUUUAUUAUUAAUAAAUAAAAAUCAAUCAUGUCUAGUACAGAAGAAUCCUGUCAGCUGAAAGCAGGACAUCCUCCAGCAGUUAAGGCCGGAGGCAUGCGAAUAACUCAGCACAAAGUCACUCAUUCGGAAAGGCCUGCAAAAGAUGCUGAGGAUGUUACUGGAUUAACAGUUUCAUCAAGUGCUCCCAGUGCUGUUACCGCUGUAUCAGGAGCCACUGUAAAAGGAAAUUCUGAUUUCUCUCCAGAGGCAGCACAGGCUGCACAUGCCCCUAAACCUCCAGUACAGCACUGCCAGAAACCUGUGGCUCAUAUUCAACAGCCCCGCAAGUAGAUACAGGUCUUUUUAACAAGUCUCAAGUUAUAAUUCAUUGUUGUUAUUGCAAUAAACUUUACCUUUGAUCUCUUUCCAAUUAUCUAUAAAAAUUCAUUCCAAAAUUACUGCAAUUAUUUAGAGUCACAGAUUAAUAAUCUUAAAAGGUUUCGAGUUAGUGUGUUACAUUAAGAUUUUCUCAUGCUUGACAGAAUCUUAGUUUUUCUUUGGUUGUUUUAUAAUUUAGAAAAAAGGUGAAGGUGUGAUUUGAGAGAUUGUAAAUGCUUGGCACUAUUCUAUGAGAUGUAUAAAAUAUAUUUUUAAUAUUUUAAUGAUUUAUAUUUAAAUAAAGUGUUACAUUUAAUAAUAAUGUAUAUAAUUGCAAUACGUUUGAUUACAUUUUUUAGUUUUCCAUAUGUAACUUUAUAUUUGAAUAUUUAAUACAUUGCAAUUAAAA